AUGUCGACGGGGUGGGAUUCCGACGAUCAUCUCUACGAAGCUCCUCUCUUCCAACAAGAGUUCGUCUGCCUCCCCUUCGACCGGUACAAGAAUCCCGAGCUCGAAACCGGCAACAAGAUCGUGAUGCCGCCGUCGUCUCUCUCUCUCAUCGCCGCCCUCGGCAUGCGAUGCCCUUGGUUCUUCAAGAUCGAGAGCUUCGGCUCCGACAAGGCCUCCCACUGCGGCGUGCUCGAGUUCUGCGCCGAGGAGGGCUCCGUCUACGUGCCGCGGUGGAUGAUGGACAACCUGAGCGUCGGAGACGGCGACAGGGUGCUCCUCCGCGACGCCCGGCCGUUGAGGGCGACGUGGAUGCUGCUGCGGCCGCACGCGACGGCGUUCAUCGAGGUGUCGAACGUGAGGGCCGUGCUCGAGACGGCGCUGCGGGGGUUCUCGUGCUUGAGCAAAGGAGACACCCUCGCGAUCGGGUAUAAUGGGGAGGAGUUUAAGAUCGAUGUUCUCGACGUCGGGCCCGGCGGCGAGGUGGUGUCGCUGAUCGACACGGAUUGCGAGGUCGAGUUCGCGCCGCCGUUGGAUUAUGUGGAGCCGCCGCCGCCGCCGGCGGUGGAGAUGGAGGAGGUCGAGGGCGAGGAGGAGGGAGAAGAGGAGUUUCGGCCGUUUACCGGGAUGGCAAGGCGGCUCGAUGGCGGGGAGGUGGUGGCGGCGGAGGGCGGCGGUGGCGCCGCCGCGGUGGAGGAAUAUGGCGGGAAAGAGGAGAGGGAAGGGGUGAGGGAGUUUCGGCCGUUUGAGGGGGUGGCGAGGCGGCUGGACGGGGGCGGGGGAGGCUCCGUCGCGGUGGAGGGGGCUCCGGCGAAAGAAGCCGCCGCCGCGGGAGCGGAGAAGAAGAGAGAGAAGGAGGAGGAGAAGAAGUUUAAGCCUUUUGCCGGAAGAGGGCGUGUUCUUGGUGGACCUAAUUUCUUUGAUUAG